GGUGACACAUGAGCCUGGGUGGCCCGAGUCACAGCUUCACGUCUCGUCUCUGCAGAGCUUCAUCCUCAUCCUCCAGACCUCCAUCCGUCCUCUUGUGACUCCCACCACCGCCAUGAGUCUGUACAACAACCGCUAUGGCACCACCAGGGGCUUCAGCAGCCGCUCCCAUGGCUCUCUGUCUGGAAGACCCUCUGUGUUCAGGGCCAGCACAGGCUACCAGCCCGGGCUACAGAGAGCCAGCAGUGGCCUCAACAUUUCUCGGAUCACCCCGGGGUCCAGCACCUUCCUGCUGUCCUCCAUGCCCAACCUGGAGGUGGACCCCAAACUGCACCAGAUGAGGACCGAGGAGAAGGAGCAGAUCAAGGGGCUCAACAAUCAGUUUGUUAACUUCAUAGACAAGGUUCGAGAACUGGAGAGGCAGAACAAGAUCCUGAAGACCCAGCUGAAGCUACUGAAGGAGAAGGACAACUACAAGUCCAACAUCGACCAGGUCACAGCGGGGUCCGGCAACCACCUGAAGCAGCAGAUAGACUCCCUGCUGCACGAGAAGGACAAGCUGCAGGCCGAGCUGCAGAACAUGCAGGCUGUGUUGGAGGAGCUGAAGAGCCGAUACGAGGAUGAAAUAAACAGGAGGAACCAGUUGGAAAAUGAUUUUGUAUUAACCAAGAAGGAUCUCGAUGACACUUACCUGCACAAGGUGGACAACGAGUCCAAGCUGGAUAGUCUGACGGAUGAAAUUGAGUAUCUAAAGCAGGUCUAUCAGGAGGAAAUCAAUGAGCUCCAGUCCCAAAUACACAAUGACAAGGUGACGGUGGAGCUGGACAACAACCGAGACCUGGAGAUGAAGCACAUCAUGGAUGAAGUCCGGGCCCAGUACCAGACCAUGGCAGACAGGAGCCGCCAGGAAGCCGAACACUUGUACAGGAGCAAGAUUGACGACAUGAUGAAUCAGUCUAAACGCACCAAUGACGAGCUGAGAGCGCUGAAGAAUGAAUUGGCGGAUUUACACCGUAUGAUACAACGCACCAACAGUGACAAUGAGGCCCUGAAGAAUCAGCGUGCAAAUCUAGAGAAUGCCAUCGCCCAUGCAGAGGACAGCGGCGAGCAGGCUGUGCAGAACGCCAAGUCCCACUCUCAGGACCUGGAAGAGGCCCUAAGAAGAGCGAAGCAGGACAUGGCAGGCAAGGUGCGAGAGUACCAGGACCUGAUGAACACCAAACUGGCUCUGGACAUCGAAAUCGCCACCUACCGCAAAUUGCUGGAGGGAGAGGAGACCAGACUGAGCAACCAUCCUUCAAGUGGCCAGAACAGCGCUGUAGACAAGCUGGCCAAUCUCCUGAACUUUGACAUGAAAUCCGCUCCUCCGGCCCGCAAACCAACCAACCCAAAGAAAAUUGUCCUUGUUAAGACCAUCGAGACCACCGAUGGCAAGAAAGUGUCUGAAGCAAGUCACUAUUCGGAGGAGUGAGCCAGAC